AUGUACUUUGGUGAGCUUGAAUUGGAGGAGCUCUCCGGCGGAACAUACACGCUCAACCAGGUCAUUCUCGCCAAGGCGCUUAAGAUCACAAAAGGCGAUGACUUGGGAAAGUACACAUACCAGGGUGCCUCUGGCCAAAGUGUCCACUGCGCACUUUUACUGCAAAAACUGCACCACAUACGUAUACCACCAGCAAGAGGUCCUGGUCCGGACAACAUCGUUCUGAGGACUGGACUGCUGGAGCAAGGAAUAAAGGACUUCAAACCUCUUGUGGAGAUCUUUGGCAAGGACCUCUUGCCGUGGGAGAAGGAGGUUGCAAACACGAUAUAUUGA